GUUUGAGGGGUUGCGAGGGCGGUCUGAUUGUUCGUUAGCUUUUCGUGUGGAAUAGCCCAAUGGCUGACAAAAGACCAAAUGAGUGGGUACAGCUUUUACUUUCCAGAUUUGAUUCUCAGGUAAGCGACUUUUUAUCGCAUGUGUAGGGAAAGAUUUAUAAUUCUCAAAGAAUUAGAACCACAGUUAAGGUGACUUCAUGUGUAUGACACCAUGCUUAAUACAAGUUAAAAAGGAAAAAAAACGUUGGAGAAAUAAAGCAAAGUACUGUGUCAAUUCUAAAAAAGGCCUUUUUUAAUGUAGCGUGGGCUAGUGUAAUUUAGGGAGUAGAUUAUCAGGGGAAAUUUGUAGAAAAGUAAACUAUUUGGUAUUGAUUUAUGCGAAGUUUAGAGUCUAGUUUGAGGCGUUUUUCACCGAUAAAGUUUGAAUGAAAGUUGCACGCGUUACUCCAGAGCCUCAGGACAAAGCUAUGAUUUGGUGAAUUAUCGCAUAUAUUCAAACUAAAAGUUCCUAAGAAACGCAAAAUUUUGCCUUUGUUUUCACUUUUAAAAGUGAAGCACAAUUGUGCUUGACUUAAGAAUGUGAAUGUAUGAAACGUUGAGAUACAUAGCUUAUUUGCAGCCUGUUGCUCUUCAACAGUAACAAGUUCCGAAAAUUUUCGAUUUGAAAUUUAUCAAACUUGUUUUUAUCUUACCUGUUUACUUUAGUAGAAUUGGAGUAUACUGUCCAUGUAUCACUUAGGACGUUUGUGAGCGGAAGAGUGAAUGGGCAGUAAAACUGUCAGCGUUUGUAAUUGUUUCUUAGGUUGAUUUAAUUGCAGAUGCUUUUAUGCACAGUCCGAUCAUGAGUCUACUUCUGAUACUUAGGAUCAAAUGUUGUCAUGGUGAUACAGUACAGCACUGUAUUGUUUUCACUAAUAUCAAUAGUGUCUCAAACGGCUAUUACAAACUCAUCCAUAUCAUUUCCAAAACGCUAGGAAUCACAUAACCUUACUUCCAAUGAAUGCAACAUGAUUUUUUAACGUUUCAAGACUUUGGAUCAUCUUUGUGGACUGAUACAUUUUAUUGUUAUCUAUGAUUAAAAUAUAUUCACAUGUUUUUAUUUGCUAUAACUUUAAUGUUUUGUCAUUCAUUUAGUUAUUUUUGUUCUAAGUUAAUCCAUAAUCAUAGCCUUCAAUUCAUUUUUCUGAGAAUCAUAGACACUCAUUCAACGGUGAUACCCGCUUUCAUUAAUUCUUUCAAUCCUUUUUUACUAAACUACCUAGGAAUUGCGCACAAAACGUCUGCAAUUUAGUUACAAACAUUUUAUCUAAGUCCAAACUUCAGAACCGUUGAUGGACUGAGUAAUGGAAAACUCAGUUCAUCAAGCAAAAUGAUCUUACUCUCGUAUCAAACAAGUGAUUUCAGCCCUUCAGUAAAAACAACCAUUAUAGAUCAUUGCAACCAUUACACUGACAAUAAAUGUACAAAUAGACAACUGCUCUGAAAAGAACAUAAAUCACAACUACUUGACCUCAAAAAAGUUUUAUUUUAAAGCUGUCCUAAUAAAUGUGUUGGCAUAAUCUUUAUAAAUUAUCAGGUCUAGACUACAAAAUUAUCAUCCAUAUGAUCAGUUGCCAAUAAGGUUUUUAAAGAAACAACUCAAACAGAUGCGACCAGAAAAGUUGAACGGAGGGUUAAAAAACUCUUUAGAAAACGAAAGAUAAAUCAGUUGUUAGUGUUGAUCCUCUUAAGCGCCUUAAACCAUCAAGUACUAUUAUUCCAAGACUUUACGGCCUUACAAAAGUACAUAUACAGGAUUUUUAAAAGGCUUAUACUAGACAUGAAGAUUUACCAUAAAAUGGGGCUAUUAGAUGGCUAGUAGAAAUCCUACAACAUGUCGAAAAUCAGCUCAAAAAACAGAGAGCACUAAAUCCACUCAAUUUUUUCGAUUUGGUAUCAAUGUAACCACAAUGAGAAUGACGUCAUUUCAAAAGUUUUUACCUAACGGCGAUAAAAAUGUUCUUUGAUCAUUUUGUUUUUAGUUAUUCUUUAUUAUCAUCACGUUUUUAUCUUGUUUUUCAUUUUUUCCAUAUUUGUCAAAUGCAAGAUCAUCUUUCACUAACUUGGUUUCAUCUUAUUAUCUUUCUCUACAUUUUUCAUCGUUACGCAACCUCCCUCUGGCACUUGAAAUGAUGUAACCUUAUUUUUGAUUUACCACCAUAUUUGUUAACCAUUUUUAUGUGCGGUUAUAUAGUUUGAGUAAAUGAUAUUUUUGAUGUAAACGUUCUGAUUUGAACUGUCUUUAAUUCUUUAAUGGGACCAAAGGUUGAUUUAGCUUUUAGAUUACUAAAAAUAGGUAAAAUACAGUUAUUUUAAAAGUAUUUCCUACCAUCCUCUAUCUUACUAUAGUGCAUAAAUCUUUCAAGGAACUUGACAUGCCUCUUAAAACCCAGGAUUAAGGAUAACAGCGUAAAAGGUUUUGAAAAUUCCCUGGUUACUCUUUGCUUAAUCGACUAUGAAAUCCUUACCCCCAGUAAACGUAUGGACACUCUAAGGUUGCUUUCCCUAAUAUAUAGCGACAAAAACCGUCGCUUGUGGUUUUCCCCUAAUCAAGUAUCAUUUAAAUCAUUGAACUUGUCAAUAUUUGUGAACAAUAUAAAUAUUCCGUUUAUUUAUUCCAAAGUUGUCAGGUUUUCUUUGCUGCCUAGUAGCAUAAUGCAUACUCAUGUGACGGACUUUAGGAUAAACGAAGUUCAAAUGAUCAUUUAGCCUACACUAAAAUAAAUUGACUGUUGUAUGUACAUGUAAAAUUGAGUACUUAAACAAUUAAGAAGCGGUUUUAGAAUAACAUCCAUCUAGCGAAUAUGUAGUAUUUUCGUACAUCUCUCACGUUUUGUGUGAUUUAAUUGUCAAGCAUCUUUUUUCAUUGAUUCGUCUAUUGAGUUAUUUUGCAAUGACACUGAAAGUCCAUGAUUUUAUGUAUUACUGGUUUUGUAUUUGAUCAAAUUAAUGUUAGGUUGGUCAAAGAAUGACUAUUUAACCGCAUCUUACGGUAAUCAAUCCCGGAUCCUGAUGAACACAUGGUUAAAAUGAAUUCAAACUAUGAGAUUAAUACUUUACAGAAGGGUUUGGUACAAGUAAUUACGAAAUUUCAAGAUAGAUUUCCAUAAUGCUUGAUUAUUCAAGUACCACUCUACACCAAUGUCUCACUUCAUUUACUAUAAAUUAAUAAUGCUGUGAUUAAGGAAAGUAAAAAUCCUAAACCAGAAUCAAUAGUUUUUUCAGAUAAUUUUACUUCAUGAAGACAACUCCUAACAGGUCUUGUUUUUUUAAGCUUCCAAUACGCACUGGGAUACAUACUGCUCAAUCUACACAAAAUAUGGAAAGAAAUAAAGAAUGUUUAGUAAACGUGAGCAGGUAUAAAUUUUCACUGGUCAUAUCUGGAUUAACAAAAAUGCUUCAAAACAUUGACAGUAUGCAAGUAUAUGGACCAGAUGCAGAAAGAAAUUUUUGUGACUCACUUUUGAUUGUAUUGGAAACAUUGGAGAAAUGUCUUACAUGUCAACCUCACGAUACCUCUCGACUAGAUGAGACUAUUCUGGUCAAAAACCUACUUCAAGAGUUAUUUAGAGUUAGAAAUCUUGUGUUAAAUGUAAAUUUAUGUAUAAUAUUAAUUUGAAUUAGUUUAUGAAUUUAACUAGCGAAAAUGGAAAGAUGUACAAUCAACUUUUGUUGCUGGUAUCGCAGGUUCUAUACGCUUUAAGUACACAAUACUUUAAUGCUGUGUUCAAUCGAAUACCUAAUUGUCUUGCUUUAGCUGCACAAGAUGAAUCAAAUGUUGAUCAAGCCAAUGAACUGGAGUUAAUUCAACACUUGAAUUUAGAUAUGCGUAAACUAUCACGCCUCAUACUAGAAAUAUGUAAUCGUUUCAGAUCGUUGAAAAAGUCUACUUGGUUACACCUAGCUGUUUACUUAGAAAGAGCUAUUUGGAACUGGUUAGAAAAUUAUCCUCAAGAGUUUGAUGAACUACAAAAGAAACCGAAUGAUGAAUUGGCCGACUGUUGUGAACGUCUGUUUGAUUUGUUCACUUCACUUUGUGCUGAAAGUGGGCGGAAGAAAAUUCUUGUUUGGCCUCUACAAAUGAUGCUUUUGGUACUUUGUCCAAAAAUUCUUGAAGAAAUUAAUAAUGCUGAAAACGGAGCACCUCUAUCACCAGAGCAUCAGAAAAAGAAACAAUUUAUGGAUGAAGUUCGUAAAGCUCUUGCUUCUCAUGGUCAUGGAAGUAGUGGAAGUAAACCAGCUUUGCUAGAAGCUGCAUUAUUAGCUGCAGUUAAUUUAUGCAAAGCAUCAACUUACAUCAAUAUAAAUGAUCGAAAUAAUAUUCUCUUUAUUUUGGUUCAUUCAGUAUAUGCUGAUUUACAGAAUUUAUUAUUCAAUCCAAAUAAACCAUAUCUACGAAACAAUCAAAAUUUAGCAGAAACAGAAUCAUUACUCACGGAAUUUUUCGUUGCUUAUUUUCGUAUAACACCACAUAAUAAAAAUCUCCUCAAAGUUUGCUUGCAAACAACAUCACCGGCUAUUUAUCAUACUGUACUAGUAUCUGGACUUUAUCGUAUAAUUACUCAGUCACGUCUAGCAUGGUGGCCUGAUGUUAGCCCGUUUUAUUCGAAAUCCACAGAAAUUCGUUCAAUGUUCUUAGAAACAUUAAAUCGUGUUAAUCAUCAUCCACCAAUUCGAAUAACUCAAAGUCUUACAUUUCGAGAUAAAAUGAAUUUAAAAAACAAAGACAAAACUGAAGAUAAUUUAAUGAAUAAAUAUAAUUUACUACUAAAUAUGGUUCGUCUACUGAAUGCUAACCCAUUAUUAAUGCUUUAUAGUCCGCAGACACGUUCAAGUUCAGAUGCCCAGAAAGCAACAUUUGAUUUAAUGAAUGGUUUAAUGUCUUUAAUACAACAAUCUAUUAUGUCUGACUUAGCGCAAGAAGCAAUGGACGCUUUACUUUGUCUUCACCAACCAGCUAAUAUAAGAUUAUGGAAUUUACAUUCACCGGCUCAAGCGUUUUGGGAAAUAAGUCCACAACUUCUAUACAGUAUUGCUCAGAAAUUAAUCAAUCGUAAUAUACCUAAUUCAUGUGAUGUUUUAAAAUGGUUAAGAGAGAUUCUUGUCUGUCGUAUAAAGUUUCUUCAACAACAUUGUGAUUAUGCAAAUCUACCAGGAUGUUGUACACGGGGUCUGUUGACAUCUAAUAUACCAGUUAGUGGGGAUGUUAAUAUAACUACAAGCACAAAUACAACAGGUGUAACUAGUUCUAUUACAGCAGCGACGACAACAACAGCAACGACUGGAUCUAGCUUAUCUACUGCCGCAAACUAUAUGCAAACAAAUGCAAAUUCAAAUAUGAGUUAUACAGAUGGUGGCGUGUAUAUUGGACCAGCGCCUUCUUCAAAGACGAAUUCUCAAAAUACUCCAUGUUUAAGCCCAUUUCUAGGGCCAUUAGGAAUUAAUCCAAAACGAAAUCAGAUGGCUCUUAUUAAACUAGAAACCGUAUUUUUUACUUACCUAUGGUCACUGGAUUUAGAGGCUGUUUUGACUUCAAUGUCUUGUUUUCGUCUAUUGUGUCAAGAAGCUGAACUUUGGAGUAAUGCUGCAACUUUAGCUACAAUUACUUCUGUUCCAGAUAACGAGUUUGUACAGCGUUCUGAUUGUGAGUGUUAUUUGGUAAAUCCUAAUUUAUCUGCUCCUUCUUCCACAGAAACAUCAGAUUGGGCAGAGAAUUCUGUAUUGACAACAAAUUCACACCAUAGUGAUUUGAUCCGAAAGUCACCACCACCUACAGUUAACUAUAAACUCGUAGUUUCGUCAGCUUCAUCUAGUAGUACUCCACCUGAAAGUACAUGUGUACGCUUCCAAAACUCUUCAACACUAUAUGAUAAUGAUUCCCGAACUCGUCCUAAUAUUCAAGGAUCUUGUAUUGCUUUGUGCAAUUGUGGAUGUCCUCUUUGCACUCCAGUAAGCUAUCUACCAGUAUACACAAAUGUUGGUAGUAAUCCUGCUGUCUCCCGGUCUAUCCACGAUUCCAGCUCUCAUUCUAGUUUUAGUACCUCACUAAAUUCAGACAGUAACCCAACAUUUUGUUCUGAAUAUUCUGAUGACAGCACAACAAACUUCUCUACUCAAACAUCGACCAAAGUUAUAAAUCAUAUUCUCCAUACAACUAGUUCAUCAGACAAGUCAUGUUCAUGGUCGUUACCAGCUCAGUGGGCUUUUACUGACUUCCGGCUUCCAGAUCUUCUACCUGUUUACAAUGUGUAUGCUGAGAUUGCUGAUCACAGUCGUUCAAUUGUCACUACUGGACGUGCACAUUUACAAAAACAAAUUCUAGCUUUAUUAAGAAAAAUAAAUCAUCAAACCCAAGGAAAUAAGCUUGCCUGGGAACAUACUUAUAUGAUUUGGCUAAGAAGUACAAAAUUUCUAAUAAAUUAUCCUAAAUCAAAAGCUUCCGUUCCAUCAAAUGGAACUGAAGACUCUUGUUAUGAUACCACUGCUAAUUCAGCAAAUAAUCCUUCAGUGAGCGGAUUUUCAUCUGCAUCACUGGGAAAUUCUGCAUCUAUACCUAGUGGUCUAGACUCUAUAUCUAAUCAAGUGGAUACGGCUGCGUCUGGAAUGAAUAUAGAUGGAUUUUCUUCUGCCCAUGGUUCUACCGGAAUGCUUCUUACGAUAGCAAAUAAUGCUGGUGGAGUUUCUGUGUCAAUUGCUUCUACUGGGACUAGUUCAUUUGUAUCUGGAAGUGCUAUAAGUUCAGGUACAAGUCGUUAUUUGGCUGUUAAACGUCGUGUCAGUCAACAAUCACCAGUAAAUGACCAUGAAAUUGAAGAUGUACUAAAUGAAUGGGCAAAUAUGACUGGAUUUUUAUGUGCACUAGGUUCUGUAGCACUUAAUAUACCACCACUACCUCAAGGAUCUUCUUCACUUUCUUCACAAAUAGCUUCAUCGGGUUAUUCGUGUGACCAAACCAAAAUCAAACCUCAACAAAUCCACUGUCCUCAUUAUCAUUAUUGCUCUCAGCAUUUAUUGGAUCAUGUACAUCAACAUUUUGAUCCUAAUUGUCUACGUGCAAACUAUUUCUUACACUCUCAUCGUACUAACUUUAAUAAAAGUACUAGUGAUGUUGAUCAAACAGAUGAAUCUCAUAAAUGUCAUUCAUUUCAUGGCGCCUGUCUUAGUGAAUUAACUGCUGCAAGACGUCUUUCACUUGUUCAGUCUAGUUUAAAUCAAGACAACCAAUUCUCACCUGUUGCUCAGUUUAUUGGUAAUCUUCUACUGCUUAUCAGUUGUCAACAUGAGAAAUUCGGGCAUCAAAUACAAAAACAUGUUAAAGAAUCAAUUGGAAAUGAACUAAAUCCCUUGAUUUAUCCAAUUUUAUUCAAUCAAUUACGUAAUCAUGUGGAUGCAUGUUUUUCAGGACAAGGGCAACAACAAGUGGUUGUCACAGAAACCAAUACAUUAUUUAUUGAAAAUGUGAUCUUUAUUAUGCGUAGUAUAUUAGAUAAACGAACUAAAUCGGUUGAUCGAUUAAGUGAUCACUUAGAAUUAGUUAGUAUAGAAAGUCUUAUGUUAAAUAUUGUUAGGUACGUUCGUCAUUUGGAAUGUGUGCAUUCUCUUCAGAUAAAGAUCAAAGUUUGUCAAUUAGUACAGAAAAUGAUGGCCAGACGUGAAGAUUUAGCAUUUAGACAGGAGAUGAGAUUUCGAAAUAAAUUAGUAGAUUACCUUUGUGAUUGGAUCAUGGGCAGUAGCUAUCAUCUUAAUCUUUCCGUACAAACAAAUUACUUAGCCAAUAAUUCAACAGGAACAACAAUCACAACAACAAUGUCUGCUGCUACUACUGUUGCUUCUUGUAACAACAGUAAUGUUUCCGGAGUGUUUGGAUUAUCAAAUACCUCAAUAGCUAACUCUCUUACAUCAGAAUUUAAUGAAAAUAUUUCCUUGUCUAACUCAUCACUAGUGAAUCCAUCAAUUUUCCUCCCGUCAGGAGUAGGGAUACCAAUAAGUCAAAGCCAGAAUAAUUCUAUUGCGAUAACAAGCCACAAUACUCAAUUACCGUAUUCAAACUUUGUACCUAGCAGUGGGAUCAGUGGAAUGGUUGCAAACUAUGGCGGUGUUCAUGGUAGUAUUACUGGUUAUCCAGGUGUUCCAUAUUGCGGCAUGUUAACGUCAGGAAACUUUGGACUGAUGAACUAUGGAUCCCAAGGUCAGUCAUCAGUAAAUGCUUGGAAUCGAUCUGAUAUCUUGGAUUCUCAUUGUGCAUGGGAUAAUGCAACACCGAAUUUAGGCAUUGGUGUAGGGUUAAUUGCUCACGGACAAUUUUCUAAUAGCCCAUUUUCACCCUAUUUUAAUACUUCAGAGUUAACUAGCUUCAGUAGUAUGCCAUAUGGAAAUGUAAACAAUAGUCGACUUGUACCUGGUGGAUUAAGUUGUAUUGGCCAAUCACAAUACUGGAACAUUGCAAAUAGCAAGUCAACUGCUUUGUCAGGAACAACGUCAUGUCAAAAUUACAUAUCAACCAGUGGUAAUUCUUUGUCUGCUGUCUCUAGCCCAUCUGGAUUUAAUUGUAUUAGUGGUCAAAUCAAUGUAAUUAAGUAUGGAAGUAAUAUACCCACAUCCAAUGUUAGUAGUACAUCUUAUUCUGGACAAUCAUCAGUUUCAAGUAUUUGGUCAGGUACAAGUGGUAUCAAUUAUGCUUUGUAUACAGGAACGAACACUACUUCAUCUCAUGUACCAGCCAUUGCAGUCUCUGCUGUCACAACUUUAAGUGUCGGAAGUUAUUCUUCCAAUGUUCCAAAUAUUACUUCAACUACCGGUAUAGUAGCACAAACUGCCGCUCAAACAAGGGAAUUAGAUCUGGCAUGUAUGGAGGCUGUCGCUGCAUUGCUCCAUGGUAUGCCAUUGCAACCAGAAGAAAUUGAUCGGGCAGAUUUAAUGGAUGCUAAAUCUCAUUUGUUUGCUAAAUAUUUCUCACUUUUUAUGAAUCUAUUAAAUGAUGUGGCAGAUGAUCGUGAAAAAGGUGCUGAAAUAAGACAAAAUCAUACAGCUUUACGUAAUGUUACAGUUCAAGCAAUGUCAAACCUUUUAAAUGCUAACAUUGAAUCUGGAUUAGUUCACGCGAUAGGUUUGGGUUAUCAUCGGGAACCACAAAGUCGAGCUGCAUUUAUGGAAGUUCUGACAAAAAUUUUACAACAAGGCACGGAAUUUGAAACUCUUGCAGAAACAGCUUUAGCUGAACGAUAUGAACGUUUAGUUGGUUUAGUGACUAUGGUUGGUGAAAAUGGAGAACUUCCGAUAGCUAUGGCUCUUACUCAAGUUGUUUCUUGCAAUAAUAUGGAUGAAUUGGCUCGAGUUCUCGUGACAUUAUUUGAUGCUAAACAAUUACUUUGUCAAUUAUUUUGCAAUGUAUUUUCUAAAGAGGUUAGUUAUUUCAUAAUGUUUGCACGGUUUAUUUUUAUUAUAUAGUUUUCAUAUACAUAGCUUUAAUUGUUUGUUAGGAUUCUACUUAGAACUAAAUCAUAAAUUUUUUAUAAACAAAAGAUAAUAAGCAUAACAUUUUUGUCAUUACUUUUUUUAUUAACUCAGUAAACGUCGUUUAUAUACUGUGUGCAAAAGUUAGUUGAUUUUCCCUCUUACUUAGAUGAUUAUAUAUUAUUUGGUUUUUCGAUCAUAGAUUCACUUAACCCGCUUUAGUAUAAGUUCUAGGAAAUAAAUAACAGCAUACAAAACGACUAUCGUAAUAAGAUUAUAUUAAUCAAAAUAUCAGUGACAUAUCCGGCAAAAUACACAUACUACCUAUAACAUCAAUGCAACAGUACUAAUAUUUGUCAAGAACCAAUAUCAUUCAAUAGAUGAUAACUUGAAAAUUUCCAAGGUAAUUUUGUUAUAAUUUCAGUGUUAUGAGAUAAGUAGAAAUUAAUGUAAUUCCUAAAGAUUAUGUCGUUUAUCUGUUUACUUAAUGUUUAUUGACUCCGUUGGGACUGGAUAUUUCAACAAGUAAAUUCAGCAGCUUCAUAAACAUUACAUUUAAAGUCUCGUCUAUUAUAAGAUUUUAAAUUUAGAUAUUAAUCAACCCUUAUAAUUUUUAGUAACGGCAUUUUCCAAACACAAUUAUCAAUUACCAAAUGGCUCUUUUGUUAUUUUGUGGUUAGUUUCAUCAAACUACUAAAACAAUGAAAGUAGCUCUACAGUUUAUAUGAAUCUUAUCUGAGAUUUAUUUAUCAUUUAAUUAUAACUAGAAAAGAAGGUAGCUUAACAAGUUUAUUAAAAGAAAACAUGUACAGAGGUAUCACGAAAGGGUAAUCCUACAUAACAUGUGUGAAAUGUUUUUAAUUUCAAUCCUGACGUGCAAAAAUGAAACCAACAUUUAAUCACACAGUUAUCGGCGUUAAAUAUGCCACCAUAUUAUUGUGACGAGUUCAACUGUGUACUAGUCCAUUGUACUUAGUAAUCAUUUUGCUUGACUUUAGAUUUAUACCUGUUGAGUAAGAUCUGAAUCCUGACUUCAUAGUCCAUAAAUUGAAACUUUAGUUUGCAAAUGUAAGUUGUCCUUAGGACGGUAAAUAUUUUUCAAACUACCAAACUUAUCUUCUGUCAAUGACAAAUAGAAUAAGCAAAUGUUUGAGCUUUCAUUCAUAUUACUGUCAGCUAGGAAGUAUGUUGACUUUAUCCGAAGAUCAUGAUUAUAUAUAUCAAUAAGAAAAUACAAUUCAGCAAUCAAUAUAGAUUUAAUAUCAUUGAAACCAAGAGAAAAGGUAUUCCUCGGUACUAAAAUCAUUCUUAUUAAAUUAACAACUUUUAUUGUUAUUCAUCUUCAUUAUAUUUAUUUAACAUCUAGCUGGAAUCAGCUGAUAGUAUGCAAGCACCAUUACGUGGUAAUACAAUGACAAGUAAAAUAAUGAACUAUUGUUUUAAACAAUUUGGACGCGAUUAUUUACAAUCAGUAUUAGGUCCAGUACUUAUGGAGCUAGUUAGACGAGAUGCCGGAAACUCAGCUGCUUAUGUAACUUUGGCACCACCGCCACCACCACCAGUGAUGGCUACAACAGCAGGGAAAAAUGAUGUCAAUAACAAAUCAGUCAACACUAUCAAGAGUGACAAUAUUUCUAACUACAACUACAUGCAACAAUUAAGUGAAAUGUCAUCAAUUAGUACGAAUGAAUUGUUGGAAGAUAUAACAAAAUUCAAUCAAAACAAAUCAAACUUAUCUUAUGAAGUUGAUCCAAGACUUUUGCAAUCAAACGAAAAUCUGGAAGAUAAUCAAAACAACUUGAUUUUCGCAACUGAAUUAUUAUAUAAUAAAUUAAUUAAAUCUGUAGAUAGGUAAGAAUAUUAAAACAUACAUUUUAAAUAUGCAUUUUAUUCAUUGAUCGAUUUGAUCGACCUGAAAUAUUUAGCAGCUUACCAUUUAACCACUCGAUCAUAGUGAUAAACUGCUUUGUUUAUUUUGGUUCAGAUUUAUAUUUAGCUAUACCAAAGGCGAUUGAUUAACGACUAUUCAAUCAAAUAAAGCAAUAUAUAAUAGUUUAACAUCCUUCAGUACAAACAAGUGGUUCAUGAUUCAGUAAUCAUUGAAGACCAGUGAAUGAUCAUGGUUACUCAUGCACUGUGCAACGCUUAGGAUAGAUGUGCAUCGGUUCAUUUGGGCACACUUCACAACAGUACACC